AUGGAUUUCGAUGAUAUAGUGCUUGCGCAGUUUGAAAGAUUGAGGAAAGAAUGGGUGAAACGCUGUUCAAAAUCCGCCAGCGGCAUCUGCGAACUGGCCAACAAGCACCGCAACCGCGAUGAUUGCUUGCUUCGGUCGAUGCACAGCGGAUCGUUCAACUUUAGUUUGCGUCUACACUGGGAGGAUGAUGGCGAUGACUGGCUCAUUCGGUUUCCGCUUCCAGGGAAAUCCAUGUUCCCGGAAGAGAAAGUUCGCGGAGAAGCCAUACUUAUGACAUAUAUCGCAGACAACACGACCAUUCCCGUUCCCCGAGUGAUUGCCUCCGGGACAGCAGACGAGAAUCCUACAGGUCUGGGUCCCUUCAUUAUUAUGACCUGGGUCGAAGGGAGGAAGAUGUCGGAACUACUCCGGACAAGUGAUUCAUCCGACAAGGAGGAAACCCUCAACCCAGAUAUCGACGAGGAGGCGCUCAAGGCGCUGUACGGGCAAAUGGCACAGGUCUUGCUGGAACUGUGGAAACUCGACUUCGAUUGCAUUGGUAGCCUGGCUAACAACGAAGUGACUGGCAAGCCACAAGUGACCAAACGGCCCCUAACCCUCGCUAUGAACGAGCUGGUCCGGACAUGCGGGCUGACAGAUCUUGAUCCACCGAGAACCUAUAACAGCUCCACAGACUACAUCGUCUCGCUUCUCGAGUUGCAGUCGAAGCAUCUUCAACAACAAAGAAACAGUAUCUACGAUUCCACAGAUUGUCGUGAGAAAUACGCUUGUCGUCAUCUGAUGAAAGCGUCAGCACUGAACUUUCUGUCCCUUGAAGAUAAUUAUGGACCCUUCAAACUAUUCUGCGAUGAUCUAUGCCCUGGAAACGUUCUGGUGAAUGACUCCCUUCAGAUCACCGGCAUUAUUGAUUGGGAAUUCUGUUAUGCGGCUCCGGCCCAAUUUGCCGGCAGUAUCCCGUGGUGGCUACUUCAGGAGCGACCACAUCGGAUCAUCUACAACUAUGGCAUAAAGGCGUUCUUCGAGGAUUUUUUACCGAAAGCAGACCUCUUCUUGCAUACGAAUGCGCCGGUCAAUUCAGGACAGAAGCGCGUGGUUCAAUAUGGCAUGUCGCAUGGUACCUCAAUUGCAGAGAGGGUAUACAACGCUACCACCGCCCCUGAGAUGCAUAAGGCUCGUGAGGACUUCGUCAAGGCGAAGAUAAAACAACUGCAGCAAUAUCAUGCAGAGCUCGGAGACGAGACCGUUGUCUCCUACGAAGAAGAACAGACCGGUGAAACGGAAGACUUUAUGCAGGAAUAUAAAGUGAGUCGUAACGGAAUUCUAUAUGUCAUACUCUUUCUAACCAUGAAAUAUAGAAACCUCAAUUGGAGAUGA